AUGGACAGUUACUUUAAAGCUGCUGUCUGUGACCUGGACAAACUACUGGAUGAAUUUGAACAGAAUACAGAUGAAUAUGACUGCUACAGAACACCUCAGAAUCCAUAUGACUCAAAACACCAUUCGCUUUCUUCAGUUCUGGACUGCUUACAACAUGUAUACCCAACACCAAAACUGCAAGAGGAUGCCAACAGUUGUACUUCAUCAGCAGAAAUCUCUGUAGCUAGCCACGCUGGAACAAGUGAAGUGCUCCCAAGUUACUUGCCACAAAAUGAGAAGAGCGUUGAUGGACCUGAUCUUUUGUCCACUGUGGACAGUGGUUCCUUAAAUGAAAUUCAGGCUUCAAACCUGGGAAGGUGUAGUAUACCUGUGUGUGAUCUUGUUAAUGAUACAGGUAACGUAAUCCAUUCAGUGGUUACGCAUGAAGAUGCUCGAAAGUUGCAGCCAGAUGGCUUCCAGUACAGUGAAGGUUUGGUUGGCUUUGGCGUAUCUUGCAUACGUGUUCCUAUUUGUGUGUCAUCCGCUGGUUGCAGUGGUGGUGCAAGCACAGAUCACAGUGAUGGGGACUCAAUGCUACAAGAUCCAGGACAACUUAAAACAGAGGAGAUUAAUCAUUUAGCUUUAAAAUCAGACAGUUAUGCCACAGCAAAGAUCUCAGAUCCAUGUGAUGAUCAACACUGGACAGAAUCUGUAAAGUGCGGUGAAGUAUUUGAUCAACUUGAACAAGCAGCACGCCUUAAUACUGCAGGUGUCCCUGUAACAUCACAGAACUCCAACAUGUACAGUCCCAAAGAUGAGAAAGCGUAUGAAGAAUUGUCUUGUGAACCACAAGAUGAAAGUACAUCCUCUACAGUAAGUAAAGAGAUGCAUGGAAGAGAUGCCGCAGAAAAGGUAGACUCAAAAGAUGAGAUUAGUGCUGAAUCCAUGCCUUCACGUCUGCCAAAGAAGCCUCAGUUGCACGAGAGCCAUGCAACGUUACCUGGAAAUAGUGUUUUACCAGGCUCCUCCUGUCAAACAGGAGCUGUAGUAGAACUGGAAAAGAAAAACGCAGAAGAGGAUGUAGCUAGUGAAGAACUUAAUAGCAAUGAAAUGCUAAACAGAGUUUCGGCUUCAUGUGUUUCAGCUGAGGAUGUCCAGACCUUGCUGUCAUGUCUUCCACUUCCUGCAUCUGUAUGUGGCUCAUUAGUUGUAAUGGAAGAAGUUAAUCCUCUACCUCAAAAUGAGAUGAUGGAAGUUACUAGUGGUAUUUUAACUGUUCAUGCUGGAACAUCUAACACUGAUCUAUCGGGUAGGGAAUCCUGUGAAAACACUGACUUGCAUCAACAGGAAGGAUAUACAGCUGAAAUCAGUGAAAGUGUUGUGGAAGAAAGUACAGAUGGAGAGAAGUAUGAUACUGAGAAUGUGAUUGAUAGCAGUGAUUCUCAGCAAAUCCAAGUUUUUGCUUCUGCUUUUCUAGAAUACGAAACUGAGCCGUAUGGUGUUGCUAUAGACUCUUAUUAUGAUGAAAGUAUGAGCCAGGUUAUGGCUGACUUUAUUGUAGAGGAAAAUGUUAUUAAAAGUGAUGAUCUGGUAAGCGAUGCUGAGCUUGAUGAUUUCUUGUAUGGACAAAAUCUUCAGUCCAGUGUGUUGAAGUCUUCAGACAAUCAUAGUGACUUAACGGAAGCUGCUGCAGAAGAAGGAAGUUUAACAAAUGUGAACAAUGUGGAUUUCUCAGAGGUCAGUGAAGAACAUAUGCAAGCAGAAAUGGAGGAGAUAAGUAGCAUUAAUAGAAAUCUCAAAGUAUCUCUUACUGCAAGUGAGUGGGAAUCUGCCACAGAAGAGAGUGUGUCUCAUAUUCAGGAGCUGACUGAGAGCAGUAGUGAAGCACUAGUUUCUAAUGUUCGUACUGAAGGUGCCAGACCAAAGCAGUUGCUUGGCUGUUCCCAAGGAGCUGGUGGUCGGAGACAGAUGUACUUGAGAGAGAAACUGAACAGAACAGACGUACUUGAGAAAGAAAACCAGGAAGCCAGUUCUGUUACCCCAGAAGCUCCCCUCUCAGGCACCAGCAUAAAUGUUCGUAAAAAUUCUGAACCUGUGCACUCUGGGGAAAGCAGCUCCGAAGCUGGAGGAAACGAAACAUCUGAAAAUGUAGAAUCACUUAAAAUACCUGCAGCUCUCUCAUGGAAACAACCGUUGUGGGUUCCUGAUUCAGAGGCACCCAACUGCAUGAACUGCCAAGUCAAGUUCACGUUCACAAAAAGACGACACCACUGUCGUGCGUGUGGAAAGGUUUUUUGUGGUGGCUGUUGCAAACGAAAAUGCAAACUACGAUACAUGGAGAAGGAAGCAAGAGUCUGUACUCGCUGUUAUGAUGAUAUUAAUAAAGCGCAGGCAUUUGAAAGGAUGAUGAGUCCUACUGGUCCUGUCCCCAGUUCCAGUAUCUCCUCUGAGUAUUUUUCUGCUGUUCCACCUUUGGAGGAAGCCCAUAUACCUGGUGGUGCUAGCUCUCCUUCACCUUCUGCAUUGUUACCUGUCUCAGUACUUAAACAGCCUGGUAUUGAAGGGCUGUGCCCCAAAGAACAGAGGAGAGUUUGGUUUGCAGAUGGGAUUUUGCCGAAUGGUGAAGUGGCAGACACAACAAAACUUUCAUCUGGAGCAAAGAGAUUGUCACAGGACUUAAGUCCAGUAAAGUCUGACUUGCCAGAGAUGCAUAUGGCUGCAAACCCAGAAGAUGCUGGCUUGUUAACUGAUGUACAUUCAAAACCUAAGGAAGAAAUGGAUAUCAUUACAAGAAUGGAGGAAUUCUGUCUUUCUGUUUCUUCAGAUGAUGCACAGCAGGCUCUUCCAGGCCAGAGUGAGAUGAUAUAUAGUUAUAAACCUGUAACUCUAGAAAUUAAAGAGUGUUCUCCUGCUGCAGAAGCUGAGAAGACUAAUUCCAGUUCAGUUCGUCGGACUACAAGUGAUAUGCCUGUUAGUCCUUCAAGUUACAGAGCGCUAUGUGGUGUUGAAAACUGUGUUCAUAAAGAGAUCAGCCUUGUUCCUGAUAGUGAUAAACUGCCUCCAGUUUUGCUUACAAUGGGUGAAAAAGGAAAAGAUCCUCUAGUGGAAGAACAUCCAUCUCGGCAACAGAUCACCUUGCUUCGUGUGGAACCUAAUCCAUUAACUUUUAUCCUAAAUGCAAACUUGCUUAUAAAUGUCAAGCUAAUAACAUAUUCUUCAGAAAAGUGCUGGUACUUCUCAACAAAUGGACUACAUGGUUUGGGUCAGGCAGAAAUUAUUAUUCUCUUGCAGUGUUUGCCAGAUGAAGAGAUUUUUCCUAGUGAAAUAUUCAGAUUAUUUAUUGACAUCUAUAAGGAUGCAGUGAAAGGAAAGUUAAUAAGAAACAUGGAAAACCUUACUUUUACUGAAAACUUCCUCGGUAGCAAAGAGCAUGGAGGAUUCCUGUUUGUUUCACCAACUGUUCAGGAACUUGAUGAUCAUUUUCUACCAGAUAACCCCUUUCUUUGUGGUAUUCUUAUCCAUAAACUGGAAAUACCCUGGGCAAAAGUUUUUCCAAUCCGUUUAAUGUUGAGACUGGGAGCAGAAUAUGGGGCAUAUCCAACUCCUGUAGUAAGUUUCAGGCACCGGAAGCCACUCUUUGGAGAGAUAGGACACACAAUUAUGAAUCUGCUUGUUGACCUUAGAAAUUAUCAGUAUACUUUGCAUACCAUAGACAACCUGUUUGUUCAUGUGGAAAUGGGUAGAAGCUGUAUUAAAAUACCCCUAAGGAAGUAUAAUGAGGUAAUGAAGGUCAUAAAUUCUUCUAAUGAGCACGUGAUUAGUAUUGGAGCAAGUUUUAAUACUGAAGCUGAUUCUCACUUAGUGUGCAUGCAGAACAAGCACGGCCUCUAUCACACGCAAGCAAUCAGUGCUACUGGACAUCCUAGGAAGGUUACAGGUGCAAGUUUUGUGGUGUUUAAUGGAGCCUUAAAAACAUCUUCAGGAUUUUUAGCUAAAUCCAGUAUAGUUGAAGAUGGACUGAUGGUACAAAUAACACCAGAAACGAUGGAAAGCCUACGUCAGGCAUUAAGAGACAAGAAGGACUUUAAAAUAACUUGUGGCAAAACGGAUACAGGAGACAUAAAAGAAUAUGUAGAUAUUUGCUGGGUAGAAAAUGAAGAAAAUACAAACAAAGGAAUUCUAAGCCCGAUUGAUGGAAAAUCAAUGGAAGGAACUCACAGUGAAAAAGUAUCACAAGGCAGAGACUUUGAAGAAGAGGGAAAAGUUAUGAAGUGUACUGAAGUAUACUAUUUUCUAAAGGACCAUGAACUGUUCAGUCCUGCUCCUCACCAGUUUGCUAAAGAGAUUGCUGUUGCCUGCAGUACUGCUCUUUGCCCACACCUUAAAACCUUGAAAAAUAAUGGGAUGAAUAAGAUAGGCCUAAGAGUUUCUAUUGACUCAGAUAUGGUUGAGUAUUUAGCCGGAUCUGGAGGUCACCUGCUUCCACAGAACUAUCUGAAUGAAUUGGACAGUGCUCUGAUUCCUGUGAUUCACGGUGGAAUGUCAGAUCCUACAAGUCUGCCAUUGAAAAUGGAAUUAAUAUUUUUCAUUAUAGAACAUUUGUUUUGAUGAGGCUUCUUACUUGCAGUAUA